CGCGAGCGCGUAAAAGACAACCCACGUGCUCUAAUCAUGAAUCGAAAGUACGACGUAAAGACUUCCACGGUUCCAAGGAUGUUGUUCUCCUUCUUGCCGAACUACUGGGUCUUUUACUUCAUAUUUUCUUCUACAUAUAUUCAAUGGAUAACCAGACUCUUUGCUGUCAAGAAGAAACAUCUAUAUACGAAGGAAGACAUAGAGAACAGGAAAGGAUUAUUACCUCUAACCGCUUCUAACUUGAUUCUUCGUGAACUUUCACCCCUUGAUCGUCAUCGAUAUUCUCUAGCGAACAAGGAAGCUUAUGAUGCGGUAUCUUCGUUCAAUCGACAGGCCUAUCGCAUAGAACACAUACUCUGUCCGUACUUCAACGAAGGCGAGAUCAAAAUGUUCCGUUUGAUCCAACUCAAAACAAACACCAUUAUAUCCGGCUCUGCUGCAUUGCAAUUUUUUGACUUGACGGUCUUUGAUGACUCAGAUCUUGACCUAUAUGUCGUUAAUGACUGGGAUAAGGUCGCCUUGCUGACUGGUUUCUUGACUAGUAUUGCAUAUGACUACACGCCCAGAUCAGACCAAGCACGAACGUUCCAGCAUGCGUUCCAAGCAGGAAGACGACAUAAUCAUGUCGAACCAGAUUUGGACAAUGAUUACUCGGAUGAAGACAUAUGGGAUGUAUACAGCUUUAUAAGGGCAUCUAAUGGAAAGAAAAUCCAGAUUAUAACAUGCAAGGACAACAUCACCCAAGUCAUUAUGAAAUUUCAUUCAACUUGCGUUAUGAGCGUAAUCACUUACACCCACGCCUAUGCCCUUUAUCCCUAUGCCACUUUCGUCGAAAAAUGCUCUAUUGCUAUACGGACUGGAAGGUUACACGAUGAACGAGCGAGCGUGCUACGUGCCUUUUCUAAGUAUAGCAAACGAGGAUGGCAUAUAGAAUCCACUCCCUCCGUAAAGAACGUUCUUCGUUCCCGGUCUGAGUUCCGAGAUACCGCACGAUUUGUAGGCGACUCGGCUUGCUGGGUGAUUCCUUUGGCUCCGGUAGAACAUGCAUAUUCUAUUGAUGAUCAUAAUAACAUACGGUCAAAAGUGGACCCUAUUCGCGCGGAUUCCUGGUACACGAUCCUCACGGACGAUGGACAGACUCGUAUUGGACUUCGUGUAACGGUGAUGUACCCGCCCGAUUCGCAGGUAGCAUAUUGGUUCACCUUGGCUUCGAUACCUCGCGCUUUGAGGGAUAGACUAGGCUCGACUGCUAAUUAUCUCGGGGAAAAUAAGUCCACCUUCAGCUUUAAAAACUCAAUCGAGGAUCUCGUAGAACUCACUCGUAAAACUUUCGAGGUCGAGCCUGACGUUAUCCAUGGACAUGUUCAAAAUAUUGUUUCCAAAGCCUGUGAUACUAUGCCACUGUUCAAAGAUUGGGAGGGGAAGCAAUUAGGACCCAGUGUUUACAGUAUAGUCAUGCUGUCGCGACAAUUGGAGAUCAUAUUCAACUCUUUUCGUGAGGACCCAUCUUGUUCAAUUGAUUUCCGUAUUGACUCUCAUGGUCAAAUAUGGACCUGGGCUAUCAUUACACUACCAGCGAAUUAUCCCAGCAGGUUGAUUUCUUCCUUGAGGAUGUCUGUUGACGAUUCAAUGCGGAAGCAUCUCAUGGGGCAGAGAGUCUGGAUAAAUUUUCGACAUGGAACACAAGAACUUGAUUUGUAAAGCUCAUUGUGUCUUGCACUUCUACUCUGACUUUUAGUAUCUACAGUCAAGGAGAUAUGAUGACGGAAUCAAAUCAGAGGCAAUUAUUAAUUUUGAAUAGUAUUGAACUCGAAUCGCGAUGUAGUGAACAAACUAUAUCAAUAUAUCUAUGUACAUAUCUAUCAACUAUGUAUGUAGGGCUAUGUAGGGAUACAGUUUUGAGGGCUUGUGCUUGACGCCUGUAAACCGGGUCUCGUGAAUAGCCCCACACCUGAAUUUGUGUUACGGGUAAUUAAAUUUUAAUGUUUCUAUUGCAGGGCGCAAAUACGUUCCGCUGUCCUGAGUUCCUUCUUGCUAGUCUUGGAAAAUCAUUUCACUCAACAGGAUACCUGGAUUACACACUACCAUUCCGUUGAGAAAAUAAGGCCUU